GCCACCUCAUUGGCAUUCGCUAUAUAAAGUGGCCUGGCAAAGUGUUCUGGUAUCAUUCCCACUCGGAAGCAACCAACACGAUGUUUGUAAUUAUUGUUGCUUUCGCCACUGUCGCCCUUGCUGACGACAUUCCAUCUCCAUCAUAUGGAGCCCCUGCUCCCUCCAACAGAGCGGCCAUUGAAGCAUCUCUGCCAUUGGUAGCUACGUUGAGGGACGAACGAACCCAGGAUGAGUUCGGAAGCUUCAGUGUUGACUUCGAGGCCGACAAUGGGAUCCUUUUCUCUCAAUCUGGUUCUCCAAGUGGUCCAGAAGACUCCGUAGUCAAAUCCGGAGCUUAUUCCUACACCGCCCCUGACGGCAACUUUCGUCGAAGUGAAAUACGUCGCUGACGAGAAUGGUUACCAACCGGAAUCCGACCUCCUGCCAGUGGCUCCUGAAUUCCCCCACCCAAUCCCCCAGUUCGUCCUCGACCAGAUCGCCUUAGCCGCUGAAGAAGACGCCGCCGCUGCUGAACGCGAAGCUGCAUCUCUCCGCAGUAACUCCUACACAGCCCCCUCCUUACCUGAAGCUGGAUACGCACCACCUCAGUAGAGAUUUACCUGAAGAUGAUUGACCUGACAUGACCCACCACCAAUCCAGUUCUUAAAGAAGUGAUUAGGAUUCUACUUCUGUAACUCAGAAGUGAUUUUUAAUCACACAAUCAUUUUAUUACUUCUUUACUGUAAGUUUUAUUAUUAGCAUUAAUGUAAGUAAUAUUUUAUGAGUAAAUAUGAUAAUUUAUUGCAAUAAAUUGCUGUAUAUUU